GGGACGACACGCCCUCUCGCGGGCGCGGGCUGUGCGGAGGGAUCGGUGCCGGGUGGCCGCGCCGCGCGGGGCCGCGGACGAGGCUGCCCCAAGCGGGCAGCGGCGGCGCGGGGACGGGCCGGGAGGCCGAUCGUGCGGAUCUGGAGGCCGGAGGGGCCAUGGGGGCCGGGGCGGGUGGGCCGGCCGUCCUGGCGCUGCUGUUCGCCCUGUGCGCUCCGCUCCGGCUGCAGGCGGGGGAACUGGGUGAUGGCUGUGGUCACAUAGUGACCUCUCAGGACAGUGGCACAAUGACAUCUAAGAAUUAUCCAGGGACUUACCCCAAUCACACCGUGUGCGAAAAGAUCAUCACAGUUCCGAAAGGGAAGAGACUUAUUCUGAGGUUGGGAGAUUUGAACAUUGAGUCUAAGACCUGCGAUUCCGACUACCUUCUCUUCACCAGCCCAACAGAUCAGUAUGGUCCAUACUGCGGGAGCUGGGCUGUUCCCAAAGAUCUCUGGCUGGACUCAAAUGAAGUGACUGUUCGCUUCCAGAGUGGAUCUCACAUUUCCGGCCGGGGCUUUCUACUGGCCUAUGCCAGCAGUGACCAUCCAGAUUUAAUAACCUGUUUGGAACGAGGCAGUCAUUAUUCAGAGGAAAAAUACAGCAAAUUCUGCCCAGCUGGUUGUAGAGACAUAGCAGGAGACAUUUCUGGGAAUAUGAAAGAUGGCUACAGAGAUACCUCUUUGUUGUGCAAAGCUGCCAUCCAUGCCGGGAUCAUCGCAGAUGAGCUAGGUGGCCACAUCAACCUGCUCCAGAGCAAAGGGAUAAGUCACUAUGAAGGAAUCCUGGCCAAUGGUGUGCUAUCUCGGCAUGGUUCUCUGUCAGAAAAGCGCUUUCUGUUUACCUCCACAGGACUGGAUAUUACAACCGUGGCUAUUCCAUCUGUGAUCUUCAUUACCCUCCUUCUGGCUGGAAUAGGGGUCUUUGCAGUCUGUAGAAAGAGGAAGAAAAAAGGAAAUCCUUAUGUAUCGGCUGAGGCUCAGAAAACAGGUUGUUGGAAGCAGAUUAAAUAUCCAUUUGCCAGGCAUCAGUCAGCUGAAUUUACCAUCAGCUAUGACAAUGAAAAGGAGGUGACACAAAAGUUGGAUCUCAUCACUAGUGACAUGGCAGAUUACCAGCAGCCUCUCAUGAUUGGCACAGGGACAGUCACGAGGAAGGGCUCUACCUUCCGGCCCAUGGACACAGACACCGAGGAGGCCAGAGGGAGCACUGAGGCCAGCGGCCACUAUGACUGUCCUCACCGCCCUGGCCGCCACGAGUACGCACUGCCCUUGACGCACUCGGAGCCCGAGUACGCCACACCCAUCGUGGAGCGGCACCUGCUGCGCGCCCACACCUUCUCCACGCAGAACGGCUACCGAGUGCCCGGGCCCAGGCCCACUCACAAACACUCCCUUUCCUCCGGAGGCUAUCCUCUGGCCGCAGGGGCCACCCAGAGUGAAGGCUAUCAGAGGCCAGCGAGCCCCAAGCCUGUGGGUGGUGGCUAUGACCAGCCAGCCUCCAGCAGCUUCUCAGACAGCAGAGACCCCUCCUCUCAGUCACAGGUGGCUGCUGAGGGGAGUGCUUAUUCAGCACCCAGAAACGGUCUUGCACCCCUCGACCAGAUGGCCGUGACUGCCCUUUUGUGAACCCAAUGUGAAGAAAACCUGCUGUGGUACUGAGCGCGCGCUGCGGGUCACUGGAAGAAGUGUGUGCAAGUUCACGGGUGCGGCUCUUCAGGAUCCUAGAGACAACCUCACUUAUUGUUUACAGAACUGUGCAGCUGGUUUUGUUCCCAGACCCUUCCAGCAGAGCCGGCUGGUUUCUGUUGCGCUAGAACAAGGAGACUUUUCUCGUUCCUCUAACUGUGAUGGUGUGCUGUAAAAUGUGCAAUUUGUACAGUUAUAUUUAACACGAGUUAAAGUAACCAGGUUUAUGGUGGGUUUCUUUUUUUUUUUUUUCUUUUUCCACACAGGGCUUAAGGAGAAAAUGCAGGAUUUGCAGAGCUGUGACAGUGUGUGUUCAUGUUUCUCCGUGUGUUUGAUUAUCUGACAUUGAUAGCAGUAGGUCUGUUUAAAACCCUAUCUGGUUGUGGUAGCCCAUUUCCUUUCCGAUAAACUGAAAGCAUUUUUUUUUUUUUUAACAUUCUUUCUCCUGGAAGAAAUGAAAUUACUUGAAACAUGAAAAGCACACUUGGGUGGGCAAUUGAUAGCCACCGAUGCAGUGUCUUUAUGAUGCGAGCACACCAGCUCAGCGCCUGCUGCCUGCUUCCUUAGACUUUCCUGAGAGGAGCUGGGCAUGGGAGCCAGCUGCACGCCGAGGGACCACAUUCUUUACGGAAAGGGCCUGGCCUUACUGCACAGUGUUAAUGAAGGUGGCAGUUGUAGCUAGGGACAGUCAGGCAUUUCUAAACCUCACAUUAAAAGUAUAGCUGAGCUCAGAGGCCCUCCAUCUUACAACUUUCUCCAGGAACAGAGCACAUCAGUGACUUCCAUUGUCCCUGGAAAAUCAACAGCUGCCGCUUGAAAUGUGUUCUAAGCAGAACUUUUCUCCGGCCGAGCUGGUAAUUGUAUUGGUGAUAUAAAAACGAGUUUUCUCCUGAAUAUGUGCUUAGACUCAUAAAGAGUACCCAGGUUUCAUCUGUACCUCAUGCUCAGUGUUCUUCUCUGAGUUUACUCUGUGAAUUAACUAGGGGGGAUUUAACCUCUUUUUGCCAAAGAGGAAAAAGGAUAUGUCUUGUUUAGUGGUAGAAAACACGGACCAAAAAAGAAAAAAAAAAUCCUUAAAAACUGUACUGUAAUCCUAUUUGUGUGAUUGUCAUUUUCUGUGAAUUCUGUGUUAAAAAUAGGGUGCUGAAAGGUCAGGGCAGACUAUCUGUUGGUUAUAGUGGAGGUUAAACCAUUUACUUUAUGGCGUUUACAUGACUUUGUGUGUAUACUAAUUGUAAUAAACUAUGCUAAAUCAGA